GAUGUGAUGAUGUAUCAGGCUUGCAAAAUCGAUAGCGCAUACAAGUCUACCGAAAUCCGGUGUAAUCAUGAUGUUCUGACUGGUCUAUAUCUAGGCCUGUGCCUUGCCCGGCUGGCAGGCACAACCUGGUCUGCCGGCCACAUAAAUGAUAAGCGAUAUUUAAAUACAACUGCUCUGAACAACGUGUCUAUGUCCUCAACCCAACAUUUCCUGGCUUCUUCAAGUAUAACGAACAUACCAUUCGAUAAAUUUCAGUCUCCUCAAACAGAAGUUUCCAGCACUACAAAAGUUGAGGUUGAUUUUAGUGACCAGAUUCACCUUACAGAGGGCACGGAUCGCCCCCCAGGCGUAGGCUCCACCGCGUUACACUCGACUGAAAGUGAGACGCUACAAAGUUUAUCUUCCUUCCCUGCUCAGCCCAUCGACAAUGCUCCGGCGCCAGACAUAGCUUUUUUAGGUGCGCAGGAUGUGAGAACACUGGAAAUGGCUCCUGCCAUAUCGUCUACGCCAAGAAAUCGGAUAGACGAAACUCUGGAAUUGGAAACUCAUCAAACCUCCUUUGCCACUUAUUUCACCCAGCCACUAAAACCAGUACAGGCUAAACAAAGUGUUCCUGGGACAAGUGGAUAUACUUCGGCAGCUGCUAGCUCAAAACCCUAUGCACCAGCUGCACCAAAAAACACCGUCAUGCCACCAACUUCAACCGUCAAGCCGAAUAUCCAAAGUGAGAGUUUAGAAGCAACCGCUCAUACAUCCAUAAAGACGGACAGCACAAUCAGUUCACCUACUAGUGGUUUACUCUUCGAAAAGUCAGUAACGGAAAAGUCAGCUCGACAUCCGUUUACAAGACCCUCUCAGACCCCCAGUGCUGACCCUUACCAUCAGAGCAACAGCGGCAGCCAGGAGAAGCCCAAUCCGGCAACUUCUGCUGGCAUUGCCAUUGGCACCAUUUCUCUCGCAGCCUUUGCGGGAUUGGCCGGCUUUUGGAUUUUUUUCCGGUACAAAAGGUACGGAAAGAGCUGCAAGAACACCAGGAAUGGCACAUGGACGGGAAGCCUAAUAGCUUCAUUCAAAGGCGUCUUCCGGCAGAAGGAGAUGCCGUUCAAGAGGAAUAGAGGCAUCAAUGAAGCCAAGAUAUCCGCCCCAUUUGCUCAGAAAAACUCACUCAACUGGUCAUGA